GAGCUCACCGCUUUAAAUGUGAAGCAGGGUUUCAAUAAUCAGCCAGCAGUCUCUGGAGAUGAACAUGGUACUGCCAAAAAUGUCAACUUUAAUCCAGCUAAGAUUAGUUCAAAUUUUAGCAGCAUUAUUGCAGAGAAGCUGCGCUGCAACACGCUGCCUGACACGGGAAGACGGAAACCUCAGGUGAACCAGAAGGAUAACUUCUGGCUGGUGACAGCACGCUCUCAGAGUGCCAUAAACAACUGGUUCACAGAUCUGUCUGGGACUAAGCCCCUCACUCACCUGGCUAAAAAGGUACCCAUCUUUAGUAAGAAGGAGGAGGUCUUUGGUUACUUGGCAAAAUACACUGUUCCAGUGAUGAGAGCAGCCUGGCUGAUCAAAAUGACUUGCGCCUACUAUGCUGCCAUCACAGAAACUAAGGUGAAAAAACGGCACGUCAUUGAUCCCUUUAUCGAGUGGACACAGAUCAUCACCAAGUACCUGUCAGAGCAGCUGCAGAAGAUUUCUGAGUUCUAUAGGCAGCUCUCUGGGCAGGGUUGUGGUUCACCAUCUGGGCCCAUGCCGCAGGAGGUGGAGCACGCUUUGAAACAAUGGGACUAUAAUGAGAAACUGGCUAUGUUCAUGUUCCAGGAUGGGAUGCUGGACAGACACGAAUUCCUUACCUGGGUGCUUGAAUGCUUUGAGAAGAUACGGCCAGGAGAAGAUGAAUUGUUGAAACUGCUCUUACCUCUGCUGCUGCGGUACUCUGGAGAGUUCGUGCAGUCUGCAUACCUGUCCAGGCGCUUGGCCUACUUCUGUACCCGCAGGCUUGCCAUGCAGGUGGACGGCACGGGUGGGCACCUGCCCCACAUCCUAUCCGCACAGACGGGAGCUGCCCUCCCGUCAACACCCGCCCCUCAACCGGCUGCAGGAAAUCCUCCCCCUAGUCCCUUCAGUGACUUGCUGCUCUGUCCCCAACACCGCCCGGUGGUAUUUGGGCUCAGCUGCAUUCUACAGAGUAUCAUCCUGUGCUGCCCAAGCGCUCUGGUCUGGCAUUACUCCCUGACUGACAGCAGGAUAAAGACUGGCUCUCCACUGGACCAUCUGCCUAUUGCCCCCUCCAACCUGCCCAUGCCUGGGGGAAACUCGGCCUUCACCCAGCAGGUUCGGGCGAAGCUCCGUGAGAUUGAGCAGCAGAUAAAGGAGCGUGGCCAGGCAGUUGAGGUCCGCUGGUCAUUUGACAAGUGCCAGGAAACCACUGCAGGAUUCACUAUCGGCCGGGUUCUGCACACUUUGGAAGUUCUGGACAGUCACAGCUUUGAGAGAUCUGACUUCAGCAACUCUUUGGAUUCCCUGUACAACAGGAUAUUUGGGCUGGGACCAAGCAAAGACAGUCAUGAGAUCUCCCCAGAUGAUGACGCAGUGGUGGCCUUGCUGUGUGAGUGGGCUGUGAGCUGUAAGCGCUCCGGCCGCCACAGGGCUAUGGUUGUGGCUAAACUGCUGGAAAAGCGGCAAGCGGAGAUAGAGGCCGAGAGAUGUGGGGACUCUGAAGUUGUGGAUGAGAAAGGCUCCAUCUCCUCAGGUUCCCUCUCAGCAGCCAGCACGCCUGUCUUCCAGGACGUCCUCAUGCAGUUCCUCGACACUCAGGCUCCUGUGCUAACGGACCCAGCGAAUGAAAGUGAGAAGGUGGAGUUCUUCAACCUGGUGCUGCUGUUCUGUGAGCUGAUCCGGCAUGACGUCUUCUCUCACAACAUCUAUAUGUGCACACUCAUCUCCCGGGGCGACCUGGCCAUGGACUCGCAUGGGCCCCGCCCUCCCUCGCCCUUCGAUGACCCCGCCGAGGAGCAUGACCGAAAGGAGGGGAUGGGCAACAGUGGCAUCAAGCUGGAGGACACCGGCCUCUCGGAGUCCAUGGAUAUUGAUCAUAGCUCCAGCGUGCUGUUUGAUGACAUGGAGAAGACUGAUUUCUCGAUGUUCUCUCCUCCAAUGCACUGUGAGUCUAAGGCCAGCCCUUCCCCUGAGAAACCAGACCCUGAGAAGGAAGCAAAGCCUCUGCUAAAGGAAAAGGCUGCAGAAGGAACACUAGCAUCCCUGUACGACCAGCCCCGGCACAUCCAGUAUGCCACGCACUUUCCUAUCCCUCAGGAAGAGUCAUGCAGUCAUGAAUGUAACCAGCGGCUGGUGGUUCUGUUUGGGGUUGGGAAACAGCGAGAUGAUGCCCGACAUACCAUCAAGAAGAUAACCAAAGACAUUCUGAAGGUGUUAAACAGGAAGAGCACAGCAGAGACAGGUGGAGAGGAAGGCCAGAAGAGGAAGAGGAGCAAGCCAGAGGCAUUCCCAACAGCUGAGGAUAUCUUUGCUAAAUUCCAGCACCUUUCUCACUUUGAUCAGCACCAGGUCACCUCUCAGGUAUCUCGCAAUGUCUUGGAACAGAUCACCAGCUUUGCCUUAGGGAUGUCAUACCAUCUGCCUCUGGUGCAGCACGUGCAGUUCAUCUUUGACCUGAUGGAGUAUUCGCUCAACAUCAGUGGUCUCAUUGACUUUGCUAUCCAGUUGCUGAACGAGCUGAGCGUGGUGGAAGCAGAGCUGCUGUUGAAAUCUUCCGACCUAGUUGGCAGCUACACCACCAGCCUGUGCCUGUGCAUCGUGGCUGUGCUGCGGCACUACCACUCCUGCCUUAUCCUGAACCAAGACCAGAUGGCCCAGGUCUUCGAAGGUCUGUGUGGGGUGGUGAAACAUGGCAUGAACCGCUCCGAUGGCUCCUCAGCAGAGCGCUGUAUCCUGGCCUACCUCUACGACCUAUACACCUCCUGCAGUCACCUCAAGAGUAAAUUUGGGGAGCUCUUUAGUGACUUCUGCUCCAAGGUGAAGAACACAAUCUACUGCAAUGUGGAGCCCUCUGAUUCUAACAUGCUGUGGGAGCCCGAGUUCAUGAUCGACACCAUCGAGAAUCCAUCCGCACACAACUUCACCUACACUAACUUGGGCAAGAGCCUCAACGACAACCCGGCCAACCGCUACAGCUUUGUGUGCAAUGCACUCAUGCACGUGUGUGUGGGACAUCAUGACCCAGACCGAGUCAAUGACAUAGCUAUCCUAUGUGCUGAGCUGACUGGUUACUGCAAGUCCCUGAGUGCCGAGUGGCUGGGCGUGCUCAAGGCUUUGUGCUGCUCCUCCAACAACGGGACUUGUGGCUUCAACGACCUCCUCUGCAAUGUUGACGUGAGCGACUUAUCCUUCCAUGACUCCUUGGCCACCUUUGUUGCCAUUCUCAUUGCCCGUCAGUGCUUGCUGUUGGAGGACCUGAUUCGCUGUGCAGCCAUCCCCUCACUCCUCAAUGCUGGUGACGGUCUGCCUGCAAUGCAGUGCCUGGCUCAAAGGGUCAAGUACCCAGCAGUGGGACUCUGGGGCCCUGAAGCCCCUGCGCACAGGGAUGCAGAGCUGAAAGGCUCUGGCUUUUCCCACCCUGGAGGGGUGGAUGACCUUAUGGAAGAUGAGCUGGGUGCCAAGAAGUCUGCUGGCCGGACAGUGUCCAUAGAGACGGCCAGCCUGGAUAUUUAUGCCAAGUAUGUCCUGAGGAGUAUCUGUCAGCAGGAGUGGGUGGGUGAACGAUGUCUGAAGUCCCUCUGUGAAGACAGCAAUGAUCUGCAGGAUCCCGUUCUGAGCAGCACCCAGGCCCAGAGGCUGAUGCAGCUGAUCUGUUACCCACAUCGACUGCUGGACAAUGAGGAGGGAGAGAAUCCGCAGCGACAGAGGAUUAAACGCAUCCUACAGAACUUGGACCAAUGGACAAUGAGGCAGUCCUCGUUGGAGCUGCAGCUCAUGAUUAAGCAGACAGCAAACAAUGAGAUGAAUUCCUUGUUAGAAAACAUUGCCAAGGCCACCAUUGAGGUGUUCCAGCAGUCAGCAGAGACUAGCUCCGCUAACUCCACUGGAACUGGAGUCAACAGCCUCAGCACUGCGCCUGUGAGCACUGCAUCUGCCAGCAACAAAGUCAAACCCAUCCUCAGUUCCUUGGAGAGGUCAGGAGUGUGGCUGGUGGCCCCACUUAUCGCCAAGCUGCCCACAUCGGUGCAGGGCCAUGUACUUAAAGCUGCUGGAGAAGAGCUAGAGAAAGGACAGCACCUGGGGUCAUCGUCCCGCAAAGAGCGAGAUCGCCAGAAGCAGAAGAGCAUGUCCCUCCUGAGCCAGCAGCCCUUCCUGUCGCUGGUGCUGACGUGUUUAAAAGGACAGGAUGAGCAGCGAGAAGGCCUCCUUACCUCACUCUACAGCCAGGUCCAGCAGAUUGUUACAAACUGGCGGGAAGAUCAGUACCAGGACGACUGUAAAGCCAAACAGCUGAUGCAUGAGGCCUUGAAACUGCGACUGAAUCUGGUGGGGGGGAUGUUUGACACAGUUCAGCGCAGCACACAGCAGACAACAGAGUGGGCGGUGCUUCUCCUGGACAUCAUCAGCAGUGGGACUGUCGACAUGCAGUCAAACAACGAGCUCUUCACCACAGUGCUGGACAUGCUGAGUGUGCUCAUCAACGGCACCCUGGCUGCGGACAUGUCCAGCAUUUCUCAGGGCAGCAUGGAGGAGAACAAGCGAGCAUACAUGAACCUGGUCAAGAAACUCAGGAAGGAGUUGGGCGACCGACAAUCCGACAGCCUGGAGAAAGUGCGACAGCUACUUCCUCUUCCCAAGCAGACUCGGGACGUCAUUACCUGCGAACCUCAGGGAUCCCUCAUUGACACCAAAGGCAACAAGAUUGCUGGCUUUGACUCUAUUUUCAAGAAGGAGGGUUUGCAAGUCUCCACGAAGCAGAAGAUUUCCCCCUGGGAUCUGUUUGAGGGCCUGAAGCACUCAGCCCCCCUCUCUUGGGGCUGGUUUGGGACUGUGCGAGUGGAUCGUAAGGUGUCCAGGUUCGAGGAGCAGCAGAGGCUCCUGCUGUAUCAUACACACCUGAAACCCAAGCCCCGCAGCUACUACCUGGAGCCACUGCCACUGCCUCCCGAGGAGGAGGAGCCCCCCACACCUGUGGCCCUAGAGCCAGAGAAGAAGGUUGUAGAGCCAGCCAAGGCUGAUAAAACCAGCUCCAAUCCUGCCACCUCCACUGAGGAGCGCAAGAAGAAACCGAGCAAGAGCAAGAAACGCAACCAGCCUGCCAACAAAAGCGAGGAUUUUGUGUUGGGCCCUGGCCGAGGAGUCUCCUAUGGAGUUGGCAUGCCUGCAGACCUCAUGCAUCAUCAGGCUGGGAAUUCCAUGUCUAGACUGGCAUAUGGGCAGUCGCCAGUGGGUCUCUAUGCCCAGAAUCAGCCUCUGCCAGCAGGUGGCCCUCGGCUGGAUACCUCCUACAGACCUGUACGCGUGCCCCUGGGAAAGCUGGUGCAGAGUCGGCCCUCCUACAGUGGGGUGCUGCCUUCGGGGAUGAGUGGCAUGAUGGGAAUUGACCCUUCCUACAAGCCAGCAGUCUACAGACAGCAGCCUCCAGUUUCCCAAGGGCAGCUGCUCCGCCAGCAGCUUCAGGCUAAGCUGCAGGGCCAGGGAAUGCUGGGGCAGCCACCAGUGCGCCACAUGACCCCUACCCCUUCCUAUGGAGCCCUGCAGCCUUCCCAGGGUUACACACCUUACGUCUCCCAUAUAGGCCUGCAGCAGCAUCCCCCUCAGUCCAGUACAAUGGUACCUCCCAACUAUUCCAGCCAGCCCUACCAGAAUUCCCAUCCCAGCUCAAACCCAGCUCUCGUGGAUCCCGUCAGACAGAUGCAGCAGAGACCAAGUGGCUAUGUGCAUCAGCAGGCCCCCGGCUAUGGCCACGCCCUGGGCAACACGCAGAGGUUUCCUCAUCAGUCGAUACAGCAAGCGCCUAUGAUGAGCGGGAUGAAUCAUAUGAGUGCACAAGGGGUUCCAUCAGGAAUCCGACCCAGUCAGAUAUUACCUGAUCAGCAGCAGCAGCAGCAGCAGCAGCAGUACCUGAGGCAGCAGCAGCAGCAACAGCAGAUGCUGAGGCAGCAACAGCAGCAGCAGCAGCAACAACAACAACAACAGCAGCAACAACAACAACAACAACAGCAGCAGCAACAGGCACCACCACAGCAACAGCCACAGGUGUCCACAGUCCCUCAGCCACAAGCCCAGGGCCAGCCUCCUGGCCUGGGGAUGCAGGCUCUUCCUCCUCAACAGCCCAUUUUCCAGCGCCAGGGUCUCCAGCAGACGCAGCAGCAGCAGCAAACAGCUGCCCUGGUCCGACAGCUUCAGCAGCAACUCUCUAAUACACAGCCACAGCAGAACAACAAUCCAUUUGGACGCUACUGAGCCAUGGCACUUGGGCCCGAUCCAGAGGGAGACAUCACUGUGGACUGGAUACAGCCUCCCCCAGUGGGGGCUGUUCCCAACCCUCUGUCCCUGGGGCACCUGCCCAGGCGCCGUGUUCUGCAGCUGCCCUCCUUGGAGGGAGGGAGUAAUUUUUAUCAUACAGAGAAAAUGUUUUUACUCCGGUUUCUACAAAGGUUUAUGGAGAUCCCGUGUGAUUGGUAGUCUCCCCUCCCCCUUUGGUUUCAGUUUUUACUAAGUUUUUAGUAUUUUUGUUAAAAUAAUGAUUAAGACAUUGUAAGAUUUUGUACUUUAUUUAUACCAGAUGAAACCCUGUAUUGCAGACGUCCUCAAACAAAUACAGAGAGCUUACUUUG